UUAGUUCGCAAAUAAUAGUAUAGAUAGAUAGACAUACAGAAAUCAAUAAAAUUAAUAAACAAAUCCACAUAAAAAAAGGAAGAGUAUUUGCCGUUAAGAAAAAGAAAAUUUAAAGGAAACAUACUUUCUUGCAAAGGUGAAUACCUCUAAACCCUAAUAGAGCCCUAGUAGCUUUCUUCUUCCUUGGGAGAGAAGACAAUGAUGAUAUCCGAUCUUCCCCACCAUCUAUUAGAAGAAAUACUCUCUAGGGUUCCGGCGACAACUCUGAAACGGUUGCAACCCACUUGCAAACAAUGGAAUGCUUUACUCAAAGACCAAAUAUUCACCGAGAAGCACCACCGUAAAGCUCCAAAGCAGCCUCUACUUCUCAUGCUGAAGGAGUUUAGGGUUUGUCCAGUGAGCGUUGAGAUCAAUCUCAGCGUCACUGCUCCAUCUAUAGAGUUUAAGGAUCCCUUUGACAUAAAGGGUUCCCCCUCUAGUUCACAACAAGUCAACAUAGUCGAAGUCAUUCACUGCGAAGGUUUGUUAUUAUGCAUUACCGAAUACAAUAAGCUCGUUGUUUGGAAUCCGUUUUUAGGGGAAACUAAAUGGAUCCAAGCAAGUAGUCAUUACAAGAAAAAAUCUAGUUUUGCUCUAGGAUACAAAAACAACAAAUCUUGCCGUGACUACAAAAUCUUGAGGUAUUGGCAGAGUUGCAAGAGCGAAGACCAAGUUGUUGAGUUUGAAAUAUAUGAACUUAGCUCUGAUUCAUGGAGGUUUCUUGAUGGAAUCUCUCUGGACUACUAUAUACAUGCAAGUGGAUGGGUAUCUUUGCAAGGGAAUACUUAUUGGGUUGGUUCAGAGAGAAAAGACAAGGAUUCUUCUAUAUUCUUACUCAGUUUUGAUUUCACAACAGAGAGAUUUAGACGUUUAAAUCUUCCUCCAGUUCUACCAACUAUGAAGCUAUCUCUUUUUAGAGAAGAACAAAUCUCAGGGUUACAUAUGAACUAUUUUCCAUUAAAGAUGGAUCUGUGGGUGACCACUAACUUUGGUACUGAAGCUGCCGCCUUGUCGUGGAGCAAGUCCUUUACAGUGGAUUUACACGUUCUUGAAGAACGUUACCCGAUGUUCACGACUUUUUUACUCGACGAGGACAAGAUUCACAAGAAAGUGGUCGUGUGUCCGGGACUAGUUGGUCGGGACACAAAGAACGUGGUCUACAUUAUUGGAGAGGACAAUGAAUAUCACACAGAAAUCCCUUAUGUAAGAUCUACACAGAAACCAUGGUGGCCACGUAUAUUUAAUUAUGUCCCAAGUUUGGUUCAAAUCCAGCAAUGAACGCAGCAGACACGAAAGAGAAGAAUGAAACAAGAAAAUGUGAUGCUGGUUAAAACGAAACGAGAUUUCAUAUUACCAGAAGAAAAAAAGACACAGUAGUCACACUGAGACUCUGUCAGUGUUAACUUAUUUUCCUCGUUUUAUCGAAACAAUGUCACACUUGAUACAGAAACAUAUCUUUUCUUUCAUUAUUAUUGCAUGUGGUAGCAAAACAGACAGAGAACUGUAGACCUAAGCAUCUUUUGAUAAAAGAACAUUACUUCUUUACACGAUUUGUCUUUUUUACCAUUCACUAUACAUGAUGCAUGUUAGAUUCCAAGAAGGAAGCAACGCUAAGCGAAAACUAUGGAAGAGAUCAAAAGUCUGAGAAGCUAAGAAGCAUUCAAAUGAAUGAUAAAAUUACUGGCAUGAACCAUUGUUUCAAUACCUCCCAUGGAGAUAAGUAAAAUCGCCAGCUCAUCUUUCCCCCACUGUCUCAGUCCGUUGCUCAGACUCUGCAACACUUCUGCAUCGAUCUCUAUCACCCAACAUGGCAAACAGCGGACCAUUAGACUCACCAAACCGGUAUUAUAAGCCCGCCACGUUGCUGUCUCGCAUCCCACUGAUAUUUUCCCAUCCAAGGCACUCGCUAGGAACUCCAAGUAGCUUCCCAUGAUUCCUUGGCGGCGUUUUGAUGCAGCUGAUCUCGAGUCCACGCCCCAAGCGAAUGCUCCAUAUAGGACCACAAAGUAAGCAAGGGCAUGCCCUCUUAGCUCUGCCACUAGCUCUGAUGGUCCUUGUUCUUGGUCUGACUUGUCAACGAUAGAAACCAGGACGGGAUGGUUUCUUUGAUGAGUAGGGGCCCGUUUGUUUCUCCAUUUGGAUGGACCAUCUAGAUGAAGAUGAGAGUUUUGUUUGUUUAGGCACUAAAAGUGCAAUUCAUUCAAAUGGAUCAUCCGGAUGACUUUUGGAAAUUUAGGCUUAAUUUUAAAGUCCAUUCAGCUGAACCAAUUUGGAUCAUUUGAAUGGAGAUGGUUCAUUCAAAAUGGUAUAAUAUCUAUUAUGCCCCUAAUGUAAUUUACAAAUUACAAACCUAAACAUAAUAUCAUUUUUCUCACAAACGAAAACUAACAAAACUACAAACACUUUUUCCCGUGCUAAAAACUAAUUUUUCACGCCAAAACCCCAAAACGCAUUUUCCCGCUAAAAUUGCAAAAAAUGUUUUCCCGUCAAAAUUGCAAAAACAUGUUUUCCCGCAAAAACCGAAAAACAUUUUUUC